AUGGAUGAUCUUGCGUCACAAGGCUUUGAGGUCGUUACAGAUGAAAAUGGAAAUGAGCUGGUGAAAUUGCUGUUCAUGGAUGAAAAUGAUGAGUCUUCGGGAUAUGCUCUGGUUUCUCCCGAAGACGCCAAGAGAAUAAUGAAUGGAGAGGCUACUCUUCAGAAUGUCAUUGACGAAGACGGGAAGCAAGUCCUUACCCUUGUUCCUGUUGAGCAGGAUCAGCUUCCACUACAGGCAGACGAGGCGGCUGGCCCGGUUGAAGACAGCAAACCUGAAUCCAUUCCCCCUCCAUCUGAAAGUGUUGCAAAAGUUUCUGAAGAUGUGGCUGUUGCGUCACCAUAUGAGAUGGAGUCUUCCAAUAGCAAGAAGGCUAAUGAUGAAGUUGCUGAUGUUAUAUCGAAGGAAGGCUCUAUCGCGUCUGACCCCGCGCCGACCAGCGAAGAUGUGGAGGUGGCGUCUGCCGACCCGACUGCUACUUCAGCUGCUGUAGAGAAUGCUGAGCAAUUUACAAUUACAGAACAGUCAGCCCUAUUAGACAAUCAACCCAUACAAAUGGUGUCUCUCAUGGAUUCCGCUGGAAAUGUCAUAGAUCAAAAGCAUGGUCAAACGGGCUCUCAAGUAGUGAUGGAACUUCAUGGACAAGCUUUUGCUUAUGAAAUUCGGGGCCCGACUGAAACUGGAGAACCAUUGACGUCUACGUUACUGCUUUCGGUUGAGAGUGUCGAGGAGCCGACUGCUUCUCAUCUUGUGAACGUUCCAGAGUCUAACGAAAAUUCCCAAGCUCAGUGGUUAGCAAGUGAGGGUAAACAAGUCGAGAGCGACAUUCCCCCUGGUCAGCAGUACACCCUUACGGAGGCAACAGCAAAUGUUGACGGAAAAAAUGUCCAGACUGUGGUUCUGGAAGACGAUAAAGGGAAUAUAAUGGAUCAGAAGCAGGGAAAUGUUGGGGAACACGUGAUUAUUGAGCUCAAUGGACAGUCCUUGGACUACGUGUUUCUGGGUCCAUCUGAAAAUGGGGAACCGGUGCAGACAGUUCUUGUUGUAACUCAGGAUGAUGGGAGUGGUGAUGAAAGUGAGGCUGGCUUAACUGCGGCUAAUUGGUGUCCUGUUGGUCUUUCUCAUGACCUCUAUACCACUAUUCGGCGUCACGCAGAGGCUAUCGUCCACGAACGACUCUCGAACCGUCCGGAACUCUCGUUCCCAAAUGUCGCCUCUGAGCCAUAUCAGCGGAAACUAGGUUCAUAUGCAGCUUAUCAGGAAAUGGUUGAGCUUGCGAAGACGUAUGCUGUCGGAGCAAAUCAAGGGGAAACACUUGAGCGUUAUGAAGCGCUUCGAGGUCACGCUAAGAUUUACCGUUCUGGUCCACAGGCCCGUCCACUAACUGUGAAUGAAAUGGUCAUUAACGAAGUUGCUUCUCAGCUAUGCCGCUUCAAACCGGGUCUGUUGUUUCAUAAGAGGGAACUAUAUCAACUGGCGCUGGGCGUAGCGGAAGCAUGCUCACAAGAAAUUAAGGCGGCACAAGCAACUUAUCAGUCACAUCAAAUCCAGCAACAAACUCAAUUGUUGCACCCACCGCAACCGGAGAGCGCUGUUGUCAGUGGACAAGUUGCUAGUAGCCAGUUGGCCAUGCUUGAGUCACGAGGUUUGACCGCAAUUCAGCCAAAUCAUGUUCCAGUAAGCACAAAUGUUGUGAUGUCCCACGCUGGAGCCGCAAUUUCUACGGGUAAUGUAGUACCGAUCUCGCCAGAAGGAGGGGUUGUUCUUGCCUAUACGACCAAGGGCACUUCCAGCGAUGCGAACACUCUCGUCGGUCAGAGCCUCAAGGGUAAGCAGUCACUCGGUGUUAGCACCCUUCAGCACUACAUACCGAAUAUGGCCGUGGUUAAGCGCGACCUCACAUACAAGCUAUCGGCUUCGGAGAUGGAAGCUCUUCGACUAGCUGCAAUAAAUGCUCUGACCGAUCUCCCCACCAUUCUUGAGGUGAAGCCUAAAUCAGAUUGCACAAAUAUUGAGCGUGCCUCAUGGGAUCGGGCAACUGAGCUGGCGGCAUUGCGAACCGAAUCGACUGUUGAUACCGCCGAUCCACAUGCGGUUGCCAGCCUACUUGUUAAUGACGCCACUCGUGUUGAUUCGGUCCGUGAAAUUGCAGCUCUCUAUGGACGGAUUCCACUUCAAUCCACCAGUUCUGUUUCAUCAGCAAAUGUGAUCAGCCCUCCCUAUCCUGUGGCCUCCCAAUUAGCAACAACUGCCAGAUCUUCUCCUCUCCUUACGCCUUAUGAAACCGCGUGUAAUGAAGCUGCUGCUUAUCUGGCGGCUGGGCAACCUGCACUUCUUACCCGCAGAAGGGAACUUGCUGAAUUGGCUCGGAAGGUUGUACGUAACUGUGGUUGCCAAUUCACUCAUGCUCCCAGCUUGGAUAGAGGGUACUUUUCGGUGGACCAAGUUAUGGAACUUGAUCUUUCGGCCGCAGAACAGUUACUUCAUGAUCCACUGGAGCGUUUAGACAUAAAUGAUAGCUCCGAAUCAGAAUCAUUGGAUGGCAAAUUUUGUACUCUGUCACUAAAUAAGCUUAUAUCAUUGGAUCUCUCCUGUGAAGAACAUAACAUCCUUGACGAUGUUGUCAUCUAUGCAGUUACUGGGACAGACACGUUGAAGAAGGUUCGGAUAUUAAGGCGAGUGAUACCUCCCUGCGUCCACGGAUGUGGGCACUUGCAUGGAGUACCUUUACUACUAACUAUCGAGGUAGACCUUCCUGACUGUUCGUUUACGGGAGUAAUGCCUAUCCAUCUAAACCAGUGCAUCAAUCUGGUAGAACUUAAUCUCUCCAACAAUCGUUUGCAUGGUUUGCCUCGAUGUCUUCAUUUGCCUAAGUUAAAACGUCUGAACCUAAGCAAGAAUCCGCUCUUGGUUCGCUUCGCAAAGGAGAACGGGCCACCUCUAAUUGAACAAUUCCCCAGACUCGUUUCCGUCGAUCUGGAUCCUGAGUUGAAAGAGAUGCUAAAACCACAGUCACUAGCGUAUUUGUGUCCUCUUCUGACUUCCAUCAACGGCGAGGAAUUCAACGUUGAAGCGACUGACGAUACUAUCAAAACCGCUCAAGCUGCGAAACAAGAGCUGGCCGCUUUGGUCCAUUCAAAGUGGGAAGAUGACUUGGUGGAAUUUUUUAAGAAGAGUGUGCCGCACCGUGACCUCAUUUGCGUUAUUGAGACACUGGUUUCACACGCCGUCAAUCAGAGUCUUACUGUGGAUGAACCGUUUAAACACUGCAAGGCUGUUUUGGCACGUCAAAUUGCGGAAGAGUUCCUUGCACCGAAGGUGGUGGAUGAUGAGGAUGAGGAGGAACAUGCAGGUGACGUUCAAGUGCGGUCCGACUCUGAGUCUCACGAAACCGUAGGCAAUGAUACGGCCACAGCCACCGUGGAAGAGCCUUCAUCUGCUACUGGAGUUUCUGAAGAGGCCCCUGCAAAAGAUGAAUCAGAAUCCGCAGACCAAGUGGGGGCAGCUGCAGCGUCCACAGCUGCCGUCCCCAACACCGCCGUCACUGGCAAUAUGGAUGGUGAGAAGAAGGAGGAUCGAAAGGCCGUGGAGGCUGAACGCGAAGCCGUUGCAGCCGCACACAACAUGACUCUUUUACCUGAUGAACCUUUGGACCGGCUUUCAGGUAUUAUCGGAACUGCAAUGCAGCAUGGCAAAACUGUGGUCUAUUCCGUCAUUCGUUCUGCCGCGCGUCAGCCUAACGGUGAUCUCAUAAUUCCUGUAGUGGGUGGCAGCAUUGCCAACGGUCUUGAUUCAACAAGGCAGCCCGACGAUAGCUUGGAGCAGAGUGACUCUGAAAACAACGCUCCACAAUCUGUGGUCACGGCCAGGCAGUCGGCACAUCGUCGCAACACCGUGGGUGGAACUCGUACUAUUCCCUCAAGUGGGGCUGUUCUGGGAUCUCGCCGACCUGGUCUUAUGCUUGCUGGUCGGGGUGGUGGAGUAAAUAAGCGAGCAUCAACAGUUGCUCGCCGGCAUGAGGAGGAGUAUUCUAUGAUAGACACAUCAGCAGCUCAUGAUUACUCUGCUUAUGGCGAUUUGGAUGAACAGGAGGACGUAAUCCCACCCAAACCCGUGAAAACUCCCGGCCAUUGGCAACCUGGCAAGCGCGGCCGUCCGCCGGCAUCACAUUCCCAAAAAAGGUCUUUCAUACUCUUCAGUGUUAUGGAGCCUGUAACUUUAGAACGUCUGAGGGCUCUUGCUCAGCAAGAGGAGAAGGAAACUGCUGCUCUCCUCCAGAACGUGAAGAUCCCUCCUCCUCACGCUCCUCCUCCUGCAACUCUGCGGAUGUCAACUCGUGACUCCAACCGCAUGAAGCGUUUCUCUGCCUACGGCGCUAUCGACACUGCUGCUGCCCUUGCCGGCCAGGAAGAGGCUCUAAUGGUUGCAGCCAUCGCCCAAGAGGAUGAAGAAGCCGAGGGCCCCUUCUCAGAUGAGAGAGAAGAUGAAGCUACUAGGAGGAGUAGUGGUGGGCUAAGAAAAGGCGAGGGUGAAGUCCGUGCUGAAAUCGCUACUAUCGAUGAUUCUGAAGGUGUACUACGUUCCGAGGAAACUGAGGACGCGGCUUCUCCUGAAUUGGUACCGCCGAAGCGAGGAAGGAGACCUGGCUCGACGUUGAAGGCGAUUAGGGCCAGGUCCUCUGGUGCGUACACCCUCGCUUCCUCAACUUCAAUCGAUGCGGACGAUAUGCAUGCUUUGUCACCCAAGAAUUUCGAAGAUGAAGCAUUUAUUCGUCAGCUCAUUGACACUUCCGUCAACGCUGAUAGUGUGCCCCCUGUGCCUAGCCUUGUUCAACUUGGAGAGGUAGUGGACUACGACCCUCUGCACUUUAUUCGUUGCCAUGCGCGAGAUAAUGACCCAUUGGACUGUUCCACCAAAGUUUGGCGCUGCGCCUUUGAGCCAAAUCCCACAGAUCCGAGGAGCACAACGUCUGUGGUUGCAACUUGUGGUGGAGAGUGUGUGUGCCUCAUUGACUGUCAGACAGGAAAAGUAUUGAAGCGCUUCAAGCAUGUCGGAGAGGAGUUCUAUGCUGUUGCUUGGACCACGGUUGAAAUGGCCUCUGGUCACCCUACCAACCUCCUGGCAGCUGCAGGCAAGCUAAAAGAGAUUCGACUUCUCCACCCAGAGCAACUAGUCUGCUAUGCAGAGAUGAAGGGGCACAGAGAGGAGAUAGCUUGCAUGGUCUUUCAUCCCACCAAACCUACAAUUCUAUUUUCUGGCGUACCCUCGGCACCAGAAUACAGAACACGACACCACCUCAUAAUGCGCCUCAUCUGCCCUCGACCUCAUCUCAACCCCGUUCUAAAUCUCGUUUUUAUGCCAAGCUACGAUACUCUUUUAGCUGGCUGCGAAGACGGCGUCUUUGCAUGGGCUAUUCAAGAUUUUAGGAAGCAAAGAUUUGCAGAAGACAGAGUACCAACAAUGGAAAUCAAGAUACCAACAAACCGUGAACCUUGCUUUGAUGGUUUAGCACGUCUGUCUGAAAACCUCGUUGUGGUGAAAUGUGUGGAAGAAGGGGAAAUCUACGUAUUUGAUUUUGCCCAGGUUCUUUUGAAUCGUAAAAGAGUGGCAUCCUCCAAAAAGAUAGUAACUGCGGAGAUUUUAGGCCAAUUGCGAUGGCAGACGACAGAUGAGAUAUACAUCAACGUGACAGCUAGACCAGGUCUUGGAGCUGUUGUUUGUGGCGAUAAUGAAGGCACAAUUUGGGUUUAUGAUCUUCAAGAGCACGUUGUCAAUGAACAGAACGGCAAGAAAUUCAAGGUUAAACCCGUCAAGAUUCUCGAAUGGCCUGAAUGCAGUGUGGGAGGGAACCGAGAGGAGGAUCCUCAGGUGAAGGAAAGUAUUAACUCGGGUUUUAAGAAUCCCGUUGUCAAUGCUACGGAUAUUAGUUCCGACGGUGCAUUUCUAGUUGCGGUAACCGAUAACAAUCUCGUAUGUAUAUGGAACUUCUCGGGGUAG